GUGGUGGUGGCCUGAACUAAGGGGGGAUGGAGAGAGAUGAAAAAACUGGAGAGGUAAGAAAUAUAAUAAAUAGGAUUUGGUGAUAAAUUGUGAGAAACAGAGUUGAGAAUAUUCGUACAUCAGCGUGAUUUCAGCACCAUCCUGAAGGCACUAGCUUAGACAAAGCUCGAAGACCAGCACAGACAGUCUCUGCGAGAGCUACUCCAGCCCCUCCCCUCUCCGGGGUUAGACACAAGAGAUGCGCCUCGUAAUCUCGCGAGGUCCUCUCGCGGGUCUUCCAGUUCUCCCAACGCGUCACGCGAGCUCCCACCUGCUGGGAAACGGCGCUGGGAGACGCCCAGAGGCUUCUGGGAAUCAUAGUUCCGAGCGGAAUGAGGCCCGCCAGUCAGCGGCCGCUCCUUCUUACGCAUGCGCGACUCCGAGCCGGCCCAAGAAGUUAGCAGCCUUUGUCAGGCUGGGAUGGUAGGCUCCAGCGCCAGGCGGGCUCCACGGAGAGCAAGACCUGACCGAGACUUACCGGCAGAGCUCCCAGGGGACUUCUUACUAGUCUGCCCAGAGAGGUCGAACUGGGGUGAAGAGCAAGAUCUUCAGGACAAGGAGGAGGUAGUGAUCAUGGAGACGAAUUUGGCCCAAGUGCCAGAGAAAAGAGCUCUGUCUUCCCAAGAUUCUCCCCUUUCCCCAGAGGAGAGCCCAGGAGAGGGAGAAGCAGCAGCUCUGUGCCUCACAGCCAGAUCCCAGGAAACAGUGACAUUUAAGGAUGUGGCCAUGGACUUUACACCAGAGGAGUGGGGGAAGCUGGAUCCUAUACAAAGGGAUGUGAUGCUGGAGAACUAUAGGAACCUGGUCUCGCUUUGGCUUCCAGUUUCAAAAUCUGAGAAUUACAGUUUGGAAAAUGGAAAGGAACCAUUGAAGCUUGAGAGAAGAGCCCCCAAAAGUAUCUGUUCAGACGUGGAGGCUAGACCCAAGAGCAAGGAUUCAGCUUCAAUGCAGGAUUUUUCCAAAGAAGAGUCAUGCCAGGUUGCAUUUAUAGACAGACUGACAAAGAAGAGUGUCUAUGACUCCAACUUUGAAACAGCUGUUGAAUGUGAAAAUUGGUUAGAGAAUCAGCAAGGAAAUCAGGAAAGACAUUUGAGGGAAAUGCUUGCUCAUGUGAAUUCACUCCCUGAAGAAGGAGAUCAUAAGCAUGAUGUAUACUGGAAGAACUUCAGUCAGAAAUCUGUCCUUGUGACUGACCCCAGAACUCCCAAAGGAUCCUGUGCCUUUCAUUCACUUGAAAAAAGAUUGAAACAGAAAUCAAACUUAAUAAAAAUGCAGAGGACUUGUAAAGAGAAAAAGCCUCAUAAAUGUAAUGAUUGUGGUGAACUCUUCACCUACCAUUCAGUGCUCAUUCGACACCAGAGAGUCCAUACUGGAGAGAAACCAUAUACCUGUGAUGAAUGUGGAAAAUCUUUUAGCCACAGAGCUAAUUUAACUAAACAUCAGAGAACUCAUACUAGAAUUCUCUUUGAGUGCAGUGAAUGCAAGAAAACCUUCACAGAAAGCUCAUCCCUUGCAAUACAUCAGAGAAUUCACAUUGGAGAGAGACCUUAUGAAUGCAGUGAGUGUGGGAAGGGUUUUAACCGAAGUACACAUCUUGUGCAGCAUCAGUUGAUUCAUACUGGAGUGAAGCCUUAUGAAUGUAAUGAAUGUGAUAAAGCUUUCAUUCAUUCCUCAGCACUCAUUAAACAUCAAAGAACUCAUACUGGAGAGAAACCUUAUAAAUGUCAAGAAUGUGGAAAAGCCUUUAGCCAUUGCUCAUCCCUAACUAAGCAUCAGAGAAUUCAUACUGGAGAAAAGCCAUAUGAAUGUAGUGAAUGUGGAAAAACUUUCAGUCAGAGUACACAUCUUGUUCAGCAUCAGAGAAUUCAUACUGGAGAAAAACCCUAUAAGUGUAAUGAAUGUGGGAAAACCUUUAGUCGGAGUUCAAAUUUUGCUAAGCAUCAAAGAAUUCAUAUUGGAAAGAAGCCCUAUAAAUGUAAUGAAUGUGGGAAAGCCUUCAUUCAUUCAUCAGCUCUCAUUCAACAUCAGAGAACUCAUACUGGAGAGAAGCCCUUUAGAUGUAGUGAGUGUGGGAAAAGCUUUAAGUGCAGUUCAUCCCUCAUCAGACAUCAAAGAAUUCAUGCUGAAGAGCAACCCUAAAAAAGGUUACUGAAUGUGAAGAAAUGUAAGUUUGUUUUAUCAGUAAAUACCUGAGUUUUUGGUGGAAGAUCCAUAUUACAGACGUGUGGGUCUGUUCUCUACAUCUAAUUUUAUUUGCAUAAGUUUUGAGUCAUUGACUUCCUUAUUCUAUUAAUUUAAUAAUUAUCAAAAUUUUAAGCUAGAGAUUCCCAAAUUUUAAUCCCCAACCUCUCAAAUAGGUAUUCACAGAAACUGAAGAAAUCCUUGUGUGU